UUAAAACUUUCGUCAACGUAGCUUCGUAAAGAUUAUACAAAACUGGAUCAGCGUACGGCUGAUUCAGUUAUCAUAUUUACGGUUAGGUUAGGUUCUUCGAUCCGUAUUCAUUAAAGUGAAAGUUACAAGUGAACUAUGUGAUAGUCAAUUGAUGCAGCACUUUCAUGAGCCUAAAUAUCAAUUCCAUUUAUACAGUUGAUGAGAGAGCGAGAUGAGGCCCACGGGGAUGAAAAGGUGUGACGGCGCCACUGUCGAUCUGAAGAAAAUAAACGAGAGUGAGAAGAUGACAUGCGGAAACCAUCGGUAAGAAGCACUAGAAAAGAAAAUGGCUUCGAGCGUCCCGAGCGUUCAUCAAAGGAAAUUUGGGCCGGCGCCGAUCGCAUCAUUCGAGGAUCUCUCGGACGAAGUCGAAAACGGAGGCGAAGCAGUGGCUCGGAUGCCAGGUAUCGUGGAGGUGACGACGCCAGUGACGGCAGGCUCUUUGAAAACCCCGAGCACACCGAGAAUUGACAUCAGUAGGGCGAGUAGCUCAUCACAUCAUGACGACGACAGCAACUCCAGGGAGUCCACUCCGGAGAAGGAGCUUCUCGCAGGUACGGAGCCUCCAGAAGGUUGUACGCUACAGCUCGGCUACAAGGAAAACGCCCAAGAGUUGCGUUCGUCGACGGAGGAGCUCGACCUACAGGAUCCAGUACACGAGCAGGAUCAGAGACGUGACUCGAAACGACUCCGGAAGCGCGCCAAGGAAGUACACGACGGAACGCAGUCGGAGCACGGCUCGACCAUCAAGGUGCAAACAGACCGCGAGAGGAAGGACAGUAAUUGCAGCGAAAUAAUUCUACUGAAUAUCAGCGGCAGAACCUCUAGGCUGUCGUCUGUCGGCAGUCAGGGCUCUGGCGUCUCGGGUGGUGCCUUGUCCGUCGUAUCCGCGAACUCCUCUAGGUCACCAAGUCCACAUAAAUGUUUGCUAGAGACUUCGUUUUGCGGAAGUGUUUCCACUUUAGCGAACACUUUGAUCGAGCCAUCCAAGCCCGAAACGGAUGAUCUCGCCAAAAUAUUGUUGCAGCGAGAGGAGGACUCGACGAAGGCAAUGAUACCGGACAAUGUUCGUGUGCCUAUGGUUGGAGGUAAUUUGAAACCAGAUCCUUUGGAUAUGCCGAGGCGCCGGGGCCGUGAGGAGCGCAAAGAGAUCUUCAAACGCGAGGUCGAGAUCACUAAGAAGGUGCUCAAGAGAGUCAAUAUCGAGGUACCAAUAAUAAAACUACCAAAGCAGCCGGACGAUGAGUCAAACAAGUCGGAAGUCCAAAAACCAGUGACUCUUGACUUAAAUGACAUGUACAAGACAAGAUUAAAUACAUCGCCAUCGCGCAGUGGCACUAGUAAUAUCAGCAGUGAAAUUGUCGAUAGUCCUAAACUUUCGAGGCACCAGAAGGUGAGAGAUCUAGAGGGAUCAAGAACACCCAGUCCAUCUUCCGUAUCAAGAAAGAGUAGCUUCGCUUCUCUGUUCAAGAGCCGAAUCGACGACACCAGCAUCCAGAGCCAGGAUUCGCCGACGUCGAGUUCCCGGCGCACGAGCCUCGCUAAUAGACUUAAGGACACGGCAGAGAGUCUACGCAGCCGUUCUAAGAGUAGGGAGGGUCCGAGUUCGAGCGAAAAGUCUCCGAGUGGUAGACGACCCGAGUCCAGAGGCAGAUCUGGUAGUGGCGUAUUCUCUUCCACGCUCAGCCUUUUUAAGAAACGCGAGAGAAAAAAGAGCGGCGACGAGAGCACCGGAACUCCAGAUACUCUGGAUGACGCACAAGGGAACCUCAACAGCAUUGGUUGCGUUGAAUUCGCCUACAAUAAAAAAAACACGCCAACACGGCGAAGUCGGAAAGAAGACGUGAUUUUUAUAAGUCUGUAUGGAGAUAACGACGAAUUCAGGAAUCAAAAGGAACCCGCGUUGGCCGUAGAGAGCAUCGAGAUUCCCCUGGAUGAUCCGACAAAUUUCGUCGAUGAGAAUGAUGUGUCUAGCCCACAGCAGACCUCGGUAAAUAUCGUCUGCACCGAUGCCACUAUCGAGCAUCAUCGAAGAUCGAGGAGAAACGAAAGGAGAAACAGAGAGAGUGCGAGAAUUUCAUCGUCGUCGGGCGACAGUAUGAAAAUGCCAGAGUGUAAUUUCAUGGAUUCGCAAAUGGAUGAGAGCACGGAUUUAAUAAUAAAAUCUAAUGAUAUACAAGACUCCGCAGGUUUUAGUUAUCAACCACCUUCGGAGAAUAGAGAUGAUGCAAGAAAUCAAAGAAUGUCCACGAGUUCGUCGAGAGACUCGAUUUGUAAAAAGCCAGAUAUCGUCAAACCUGAGCGUAAAAGCAAAAAGCACUCAAAUUCUUCCGCAACGAAGUCUACGUCGCAGACUUCGCACCUAUCAUCAAAAAUUGAAGUAAACGGCAAAAUCUCGGAUUCCGUGACUGACAAAGAAAAUCCAAAGAACGAAUUAUUUUUACCGGAAAAUUCAUUGUCCAAAACGCCAAGUGUGAACUCCGAUCUCGAUCAUAACAGUUCUGAAUCGGAGCGCGAUUCCGAAAUUGAUUUUAUCAGGAAUAAAGCAGAAAAGGGUAUGAAAGAAUUACCGGACGAGAGAAAAGGACUAUGCUACGAUGAAAGUUUCGAGGAGGAUUUGCCUUACGUGCCAACGACACUGCCCUUAGAGAAAAGUGUUGCUAUACCGAUGCUCCCUGUCAAACAAAGACUUCAAGACGUUAGGACGACGCCGAUCGAAAGGCCACGAUCAACGACGCCGAUUAAUCCAACGCUGCUGGAUGAGUUCAUAAUGCACACGUCGCACGAUGAUCAGCAGCGCUACGUUGACAAGAUGAAGAUUUGCUUGCCGCGAGAGGACAGCUUCAAAUUAAAGUCACCCCAUAGACCUCCAGGCCACAAUAGCUUCAGUGAGUUCGCUGGACGUGUCUCGGCUGCGAGCCGCGGAUUAGGGUUCACCAAGUCCCCGAGUCCACCGCCAUUACCACCACGUGCCCCCACGACAGUUCUAACGACAGUGUCGGCACGCGGGGCCAGACCAGUCAAUUGGAUAAACUUCGAGGAAAUACCAGAAAAGCGGAAACCGGCAAAGAGAAUACAGACGAUACCAAGGCUCGAAGAGAAUCCAAGAAUCCACUCGCAAACCGGUGCUGCUAAUGCCCAAUACAGCUAUGUGCAACCAGAAGAAUGUAGGUGUGAGUGCCACGAGAAGUCGCGGCGGGCCUCGAUGCAACGCGAUGGCACAGACUCGACGAGAGAAUCCUCGCUGUCCUGCAGCGCAAAUGCCAGGAGCGUCGCCAACGCCGAGAGUAGCGGCAACGGCGUCUGCAACGGGGAAAAUUGCCCCGCAAGCUCUGAUCGCAGCAAUGUUGUCAGCUUGAUGAAAAAUGGUAAAGGUCUCUUGCCAAUGUUCCAUGUAGUAUGCGACAACCAAGGGCACAUGCGGGGUGGGGUGGGGGGGAUAUAUCGUGUACGAAUCUCUGGUGAUUUAGUAGAAAUUUGUUUCUGUAUUUCCAGUGACAACAGCUCGUCCCAGCCAAAUCGCAACAUCUUGUACAUGUCACGAGGACAUGCACAUAAUCGACAUGACAACAACGCAAGUAUCAAACCCUUCGCGAUGGACCUCGACGUAAGCUCAAAUAGAUCUAGCAUCAUAUCUCAAGAAGAGACUGAGGAUGAACAUGUGUAAGAAUUUAAGGGUUUAAUAAUCCUUUGUAUAAUUGUUGAAGUCGAGUCGCUACUCGGAUUACCGAGCGAUCAUGAUAAAAGUCAUCAUUUUAGAAUCACUCGGGAUCAUGAAUUAUUUGGUUGUCAG